AACAGGGUGUGUUUCUCUGCGAGGGAGGGAGAGUAAUGAAUGCUUAUUGUUCAACUGUAGGGUGGGAGUGUUCAUAGAACCUCAUCUGAAUUCUUGAAAUGGUGAUAUAAAGAUACUUGAAGUAGAUGAGUGAAUGAAGGAGAAAAAAACAGAAAGGGAAAGAAAAAGGUAACUGGAUAAUGAGCAUGGAUAAUGUGAAAAAGUUUAGUAGUUCAUGAAAACAUACCAAGGCAAGGGGGGUGGGGGAAUGGGACGACAGCAGACACAGGAGGAGGGGCGUACACGGAGAGGAAACUUGGAACAAAAAAAGUAUCCAGUCCCAGAGUUCAAAAUCAAAUGCUUUUGUAUGAUCUGGAGACUCUUGCGUUUCUGGCAAGGCAUUCUCUCUGCUCAUUUGUUUCUCAUAGCGAGCAAAUCUAGCAUUGGGUAGAAUUCUGACGAUUCUGACAGAGAGAGAAAGAGAGAGAGAGAGAGUGUGUGUGUGUGGGUGUGCGUGUGUUUGUGUGUGUGUGUGUGUGUGUGUGUGUGUGUAUGUGUGUGUGUGUGUGUGUGUUCCACUCCAACUACCUCUUCCACGUCCUUUCCUCUUAGAAUACUUGGAACUUGCUAGGUCACUAAUAAAAUGCAAAUGCUUAUCUUGCUUCUGAUCUCCAACUCCCAUCUUUUCUGUUUCUGUUGUACAGAUGACACCCCUUUCAAUUUCAUAGAGGCCUCUUUAACCAGCACUGAGAAACAUGCCUUUGUGCAACCCAAGAGAACCUCAUUAAUGACAUCUCCUUAGCUACUGAUGUGUUUGGCUGUUUUGCGCUCUGUUGUGAACAAUAAGCUGUAAUUAAAAUGCCUUAGCAAGACUAAAUUUAAGAGAUAAUUCUAGGAGAAUCAUAAUUACAUAUUAUAAUUGUUCAUCAUAAGUGUAUAUUAAUGAUAAUUUUACAUGGACAAUUUCUUCAAUGAUUUACACAUGCUGUCUUUUCUCUUAGGUCGAUGCAUCUCUGUUCUUGGACAUUUUAUUAGAAUGUUUGAAAGUGUAGAAAAGCAACACUCCCAUAACAUAGCAUUCACACAGCUCUUAUCUUCUUCAUAUAUUCAUUGGUGCUGUUCUAGCACUGCUCGCUUGUAAGGAAACAUAUGGUGUAUUCAUUUAAAAGAAUGCAUAUUGUGUUAGUCUCAAAGGGCCAUGUAUAUGUAAAUAAAUGGUUUUCUCCCUGUCAUUACACAGCAGGAAUGCUAAACCUGACCUCCCUGAACUGAGUUUCGGUAAUAUAAGAUCCUUAGUGCUGAUUAGACUUCUUAAGUGUAAUAGAAGAGAACAGCACAUACUUUCUAAAUUGCCCAGCACAAAAUGUUUCUUUUUGUAUUCGUUAACUCUACAAACCUGCAGUAUUAACACAUACACGUAUCCUCUUUCUUAUUUUCUCACCUGCACUUUCUUUUGCGUUCUGCUUUUUUGAUUUAUUUUCCUGAAAUUUCUUUUCUGUAGAUUGCAACAGCUUUCAAAAUACAUUCCUAAUAAUUACUCUUAAUUAUUAUUCCUAAUAAUUGGUUCAAAAGCAGGGGAUAUACUAUACUGGAGGACAUGAAUAGCUGUUUUUCCCUCUCAUUCAGAGAUCAGGACGGCCCUCAACAAUAGCCUAUUGUGAAGUGUGCAGGCACUUUAAACCACACAGUACUCUCCGAAAUAAUCAGCCGGUGCCCAAAAUUUCCCAGGUCAUCCCACUGAAACAUGUAAGCAAUGUUUUAUAAAAUCAUGGGAAUCCUGCAAAUGUGGGUCAGGCAAUUAUCUGUAUGCUGCUUACACUCUAUUGAGGGUUAUGCUAAUCAAGUCUAAACAGAAAAUAAUGUCAUCCUACUUGAAUGUGUAUGUGUACAGUAUGUUUCUGAUAGCUUCAACUCAGUGUUUCAUACUGAUUAAAAAUCUGUUAAGCAUGUAACAUUAUGAGUAGGUAAAGCAGUUUUGCAAAGUAGAAAUUUAGGACUAAACUUAAGACAUAAUAAGCAGAAUACACUAUUCUGGUCGACAAUGUCAAUUCUGAAAACUCCUCAUAGAAGUUUCUGCAGAAAACGAGUAAGCCUCUCUCUGGUGUAAGGGCAUUCCUGUCAAGGCCAGCCUUUGUUUUUCUGCGAACAGAGACUCACAGCCAAUCACAGAAUUCCUGUAAUCCACCACUCAUGUGACUUCACUGAAUAAUUACCCUUUGUUCCUCCCUUUUUCCUCCCCUCCUUUUUUUUGUCCUCUGCCUACUUCCUAUUGGCUAGACGGAUGGAGGGAGUGAAGGAUUGAGUUUCCUCACAACUCAGCCAGACAGUCCAGCUCUAGCAGCUGUAGGAGACUGAGAGUUAGGGAAAGAAAGAGUGAGCGUUUGGCCGUGACCAUGUCUGACAGGUGGACUCCUAUCUUUAUGGAUGUAUACAGUGACUAUUGGAGGAGUUAACAUAUCUGGUUUUGGUGAAGCAGUUAUUCUUCCAGUCGGUAAUGAAUGGACAAAUAGCACUGGGACACCCCAUGGUGUUUGCCCCAGUUGCCUGGGAUUUCAGCAGAGCUCCUCCUCGGAGAGGAAAAAGUGUGGAGGAGUUGAUGAGUGACAGCUGGGAGAGGGAGAGGUACAUCCAAAUGCAUAUGCACUUUCAGCAACAGCAGCAGCUACAGCAACCUCAGCAGCCAGUAAUAUGCCCACAGGAUUUUGGGCCUGCACCGGGCUAUUUGGAACACCAAGCCUACCUCAAACAAGCCAGCGGCAUGCACCAAACUUGCUGGGAAUAUGAGGACUGUGACAAGAUCCCAUACAGAGAUGGUUUACCACAACAGCAGAACCAGUUCUUCUACCACACACCUGAGGCUGUGUUUCAGGAACCCAGAAGGCCACAGGAGUGGACUGGCAACCAUUGCUUUUAUGAGCCUAAAGAAGAUGUUAACUUGACUGACCACAGAGGGAAUAAGGACCAUGUCCAGAGCCCACAAACAAAGGAAUAUCCUAACUACAUAAACCGAUACAGACAUAACUCUUGGGAUGUGGAUGAGUAUAAUGAUGAAAGGGAGCACUAUAGCAGAUGGGAUCAAAAUGCCCACUAUGACCGAGACAAAAGGGAUUAUUAUGAUAAAAAGAAAGGCAAUUACAGAGAAAGGGACCGUUAUGAUCAUAGAGACAGUGAUUACUAUGACCGUAAAGAGCUGGAUACAUAUGACCGAUAUAACCAGAAAGACAUGGAUAAUUAUGACCACAAAGACUGCAUGCGAAGGGAUUACCAUGACACUAGGCAAAGACAUAAAUAUGCAUAUAGGGAUACAGAACACUGUGGACGUAGAGAAAAAGAGUUCAGUGAUCACAGAGAUACGGAUAGCUAUGAUCGUAACCAAAAGGACCAGUAUGAGAGGAGAGUCGACCGUAAUUACAACAGAGGGGGGGAGCAAGACCACAAGGAAUUCAAUCGCUAUGCGUAUAGAGAGAAAGACCGUAAUGAUCAAAGAGAUGUUGACAAGUAUGAGCAAAGAAAAGGGGAUCACUCAAAAUAUAGGGAAAAAGAUAUUGAUGAUCGUAGAAAAGUAGACUACUAUAAACACAGAGAAAAUUCAGAUGCUGAAUAUAAAGAAAAAGACCACUAUGCUUGGCAGGGUGAUGCCCAUCCUGACCUUGAGUAUAAGGAUACAUAUGACUCUAGAAAAGAUGCCAGGUACAAACUCAAGGAGAAAGUCCAAUAUGAUCGUACAGAAAAAGAUCAUUAUGAACACAUGGAACAAGGUCUUCAUGAGCAAAGACAAAAAGACAGUUGGAGGGACAGGGACUACUACCAGCUCCGAGAUGCUGAUCGCCAUUAUUAUAGAGACAAGGGUAACAGACACCAUCGAUCUUAUGACUGCUAUGAUAACGAGGUAAAACUCUAUUGUGAGGACAGCGAAUGGGAGGAUGAUAAGUAUGAGCAGAAAAGCAGGAGAUAUUGCAAAAUUUCCACAGAGGGGUACAGCAGUGACUAUGAUUCUUGGAAACAUAGUAAGGACACCAAGAAUAGGGUACGCAUUGAUCCAGACUCAAGAAGACUAGACAUGGAAAAACAAGGCUGGAAAAAGCAGAAGGCGCUUUAUGCAGGUUCACUGGACAGGAACAGUUUCUACAGAAGAACCGCUCCUAGUUCAUUAAGGAAGUCUGAAUUUGUCAUCAACAGGAAAGAAAAGCAAGAGAUGACGCUACUGUCGGCCCAGCCUAAAUCUCUAGAACCAGUUCCAGCCUCUGCAGCCACCACUGAGGAUCCUGAGCAAAGGAUGCUAGAGAAAAGGUCAAAGGUCAUAGCAGAGCUCCUGCAGACUGAGAGAGAUUACAUCAAAGACCUGAACAUGUGUAAGACAGAAAUCAUCCUACCACUACAGAGAAAACAGGUCCAGAAUGUAGACUUUGAUGGGCUCUUUGGCAACAUCGACUCUGUAAUUGAUCUCUCCACACGUCUUGAAGAAGCACUUGAGGACACUGACUCGAUAGGAAAAGUGUUCCUGGACUUCAAAUCAGAACUGGAGGAGGUGUACAAGGUCUAUUGUCAGAAUCACGAUGAUGCCAUCGCCUUGCUGGAGUCCUAUGAGAAAGAUGAAAAUAUUCAGAAACAGGUGCUGGAGUGCCUGGAGAACCUCAGAACGAUAUACCAUGGGUGGGGGAAGACUAACUACAUAAACCUGGGUUCAUUUCUGAUAAAGCCUGUGCAGAGGGUGAUGCGUUAUCCACUGCUGCUCAUGGAGCUUUUGAAUGCCACACCAGAGUCGCACCAUGAUAGGAAGCAGCUUGCAGAUGCAAUGUCAUCCAUCAAAGAAAUCAACGUCAACAUCAAUGAGUACAAAAGAAGAAAGGACCUGGUGGUAAAGUACCGGAAAGGAGACGAGGACAGACUCAUUGACAAGAUCUCCAAACUAAGCAUGCACUCUAUCAUCAAGAAGUCAAACAGAGUGAGCAGUCACCUUAAGCACCUGACUGGAAUGGCACCACAGCUCAAAGAUGAAGCGUUUGAUGAGGCAGAGAAGCGAUUCAGACUCCAGGAGAGAUUAAUCAAGUCCUUUAUCAGGGAUAUCUCUCUUUAUUUGCAACACAUACGGGAGUCAGCCUCUGUGAAGGUGCUGUCAGCCAUCAGCUUCUGUGAUAUCUACACAGAGCGCCAACAGCAGCUGGGUCCUGAGCGCUUCCAGAGAGCCCAUCGAUGCAUCAGUGACAAGCAGUUCACUGAAUUUAAGGAGAGGACAGAGGCUCUGGUCAUCUCUCCCCUCACCCAGCUGCUUUCCAUGUUUGCUGGUCCACACAAGCUGAUCCAGAAGCGAUUUGACAAGCUGCUUGACUACAAUAACUGUAAGGAGCGAGCAGAGAGGUUGAAAGACAAGCGUGUACAGGAAGAGCUGCAAACAGCGAGGAACAACUAUGAGGCCCUGAAUGCCCAGCUGCUGGAUGAGCUUCCCAAAUUUCUUCGCGCUGCUGAGGAGCUCUUCACCAACUGUAUGCAAGGCUUUGCCCAGGCACAGAGAGACUUCAUGUUUCUCACACUGGGAGAGCUCACUCCACUCCUGCAGCUGUCCGGUAUAGGAGGCACGGAAGGGAACCUGGUGUCACUGUUUCAGGAAGAACACAGCCGAGUGCUCCAGCUUUUACAGAGCUUCAGCUUCUUCCCAGAGAACCUGCCCAUGCCGCGCAAAGCCUACGAAAAGAAAACCCUGGAGAAACAGACUCCCAAGAAGCAGCUUCUAAGCCCUCCAAACUGCAUAAUGCAGACAGAUGAGCAUCGGACAGGGUUACUUGCUCUCUACGGCCCAGAGAAACUUUUCCAGGCUGAAAGGAAUUUUAAUGCUGCACAGGACCUCGAUGUGUCCAUACUGGAGGGGGACAUAGUGGGAGUCAUCAAACAACAAGACCCCAUGGGCAGUCAGAAUCGCUGGCUAAUAGAUAAUGGCAUCACAAAGGGCUUUGUUUACAGCUCCUUCUUAAAGCCCUAUAAUCCACGACAGAGCCAUUCAGAUGUUUCUAUUGAGAGUCACUCUUCCAUUGAGUCAGGAUAUGGUGGCUCCUCUCCUGUGUUCUCACGGCAAAACAGCAACAGCACACUGACAUUCAACCAUGAGACAUCUACCGUCAGCUUCUCUUCGGGCCACACUCCAAACCAUGCAACGCUACGCCCGUCUCAGGACUCUGACGUCUCCCACAGGAUUCCCCACAUCGAUACUCCAUCACCAAGCUACUUUCCCACCAAUCAGAGGGAUACCCUUGACUCCACCUACCGGAAUUCCUCCAAUCAGAAAGAACUGUCUGAGACUGCUGUUCGUAAUGCUGCCAAUCACAGGGAUUAUUCUGAGCCUUUGUACCAAAAUCCCACCAAUUACAGAGAUUCCUCUGACUCCAGUCACACUACACCAACUAAUCACAGAGACCCCUCCGACUCUUCAGAGACAGACUCUUGUUCCUCCAAUAAGAGCUCUAGACAUGAUGCAUCUCAGAGGCACACAGCCUACAGCUCUCAGCAGAGACAGAACGGCGAGUAUUCAGUGCAGAAAAGGAGGCCUCAGUACUCUGCUGAUGAGUACAUAGAGCCUGACCAUGAGCUGGAUGGGCAUCAGAUAUAUUAUGCUCUUUAUUCAUUCAAUGCACGCUGUGCAAAUGAGCUGAGCAUUUCGGCCAAUCAGAGAGUUCGAAUCCUAGAGUUCCAAGAUAUGAAUGGCAACCAGGAGUGGUGGCUGGGUGAGGCUGGAGGACGGCGGGGCUAUGUACCUUCCAACUACAUUCGCAAGUCCGAGUACACCUGAGCAUCAUAGCUGUAUGAGAGGCAGAGAUAUAUCCAGCUACCACCACAAAUAAGCUGAGCUGCAGAUCCACGUGGAAGAAAGGACAAUGUUGUGCUUUUACACUGUGAGAGAUGGGUUGAUGAGGUGAAUGAGAAAACUGAUCACUGCUGCUUUUGGGAAUAAAAUGUGACUCUACAUGACUGCAUUUACUGACUUUCUUUUAUAUUCAGUUUUGGACUUUUACCUCUGAUCUCCACAUUGUGGCAUUCUUGAAGAUCAAUUAACACUUUGCGUUUUUGAGUUUGGAGUAAGAAUGGUAUGACUUGUGUGAAAGCAUGCAUUAUGUUUGAAUGAACUAUGAAUGCCUGCAUAGGAGCGGGGCAGAAGAAGUCUAAUAAUUAUGGUAGCACUUAACUGGUUUGCUAAUGGAAAAAUAGAUCAUGAAGUAAAUGAAAUAUAAUGAAGUGUUAAAACCUGUGUUGGAUAUGUGAGCAUAACACUGGCAUGAACCAUUACCAGAGAAAGUAAAGUAAUAAGAAAGUGUGGGUGCAUGUUCUCUGGGAGAAAGCAGUGAUUUGAGCAUGGUAUUUUGGAGACAUCUAGACUUGCUUGUUAGACAAUCAGGCACAUCCCUUAUUCAAAUGUGUAUGUGAACACAAGUGUGCAAAUCUUCCAUAAAACUCAGAACAAGACGCAAUAUAUGCUGAACAAUAUUUGAGAAUCCAAAUAAAAUGUGAGAGGUGUCUUUUAUAAAUACAAUACUCCCAUAAUUUUGUACUUUUUCACUUUUUGAAUGCAAUGUUCCCUACAGUGACCUGUAAUUGGGUUUUAGGAGCCAAAGCCACAUAGGAGUUUGAUCAAUAGUGAAUUCAUCCAUUGAGGCCCUAGAGGUCCUUUUGAUGCAUGCCACUUACCUUAACAUGCUAUUGAUGACUUUUCAUCAUAUUCAUCUCUGAUGCUGUAUAGUAACCAUGUAUGUACUGUACUCCAGUCACAAGCAUCUAUUUCUUUCUCAUUUGAAUAAAACUUGUAGGAAAAACUAA